GCUGGGGUCUCACUUCCGGCCAUCUCAGUGGGAGACGCGUACUGUGGAGUCAGGGUUAGGCGGUAGCUGCUACAGUCUACAGUGACCGGGACCGCAGCGGCGGCGGCGGCGGCGGCCCCGCGGGCGGGAUGUUCCGGGGUUUGAGCAGUUGGUUUGGCUCGCAGCAGCCGGCGGUGGGUGGCCGCCAGCCCGAGGAAGACGGGCAGCCCGGGGGAGACGUUGCACCCGAGCCGCACUCCGAGGCGGUGGCGGACUCGGCUGAAAAGGAGCUCCUUCACCAGGCUAAAGGCCUCGGCGACUAUUUAUUUAACUUCGCAACUGCCGCGACAAAAAAGAUAACUGAAUCGGUUGCUGAAACAGCACAAUCGAUAAAGAAAUCAGUAGAAGAAGGAAAGAUAGAUGACAUCAUCGAUAAGACCAUUAUAGGCGAUUUUCAUAAGGAACAGAAAAAAUUUGUUGAGGAGCAGCAUACAAAGAAAUCAGAAGCAGCAGUGCCCCCAUGGGUCGAUAGUAACGAUGAAGAAACAAUUCAACAACAAAUUUUGGCCUUAUCAGCUGACAAGAGGAACUUCCUUCGUGACCCUCCGAUCGGCGUGCAGUUUCAUUUUGACUUUGAUCAGAUGUACCCUGUUGCCCUAGUCAUGCUCCAAGAGGACGAGCUGCUGAGCAGGAUGAGAUUCGCCCUUGUUCCUAAACUCGUGAAGGAAGAAGUGUUUUGGAGGAACUACUUUUACCGUGUGUCCCUGAUUAAGCAGUCGGCCCAGCUCACAGCCCUGGCCGCCCAGCAGCAGGCCGCCGGAAAGGAAAAGAGCCACAGCAGAGAGGAUGCAUUGCCGCUGACAGAGGCAGUACGGCCCAAAACGCCACCUGUCGUAAUCAAAUCCCAGCUUAAAACUCAAGAGGAUGAAGAGGAGAUCUCUACCAGCCCGGGUGUUUCUGAGUUUGUCAGUGACGCCUUCGAUGCCUGUAACCUAGAUCAGGAGGAUCUGAGGAAGGAAAUGGAGCAACUAGUACUAGACAAAAAGCAGGAAGAGACAACCGUACUAGAAGAGGAUUCUACAGAUUGGGAAAAAGAACUACAGCAGGAACUUCAAGAAUACGAAGUGGUGACAGAAUCAGAGAAACGAGAUGAAAACUGGGAUAAGGAAAUAGAGAAACUGCUGCAGGGGGAAAAUUAACUGCUUACUCAAAGAAAAGAAUAGUCCUUAACAUCCUGUAACUGACAUUAAAUUCUAGAUGGUAACACUCUGAAUCAAAAGGCACAAAAGAGUAUAACUUUAUGAAAUUCAAAAUUAUUCUUUUUUCACAUUGAAACUUGCCUCUUUAAAAAAAAUCAAGAGAGCACUUAUUCUAAUCAAGAAGGGAUGUUUAAUAUUUCUUUAAUAUAAAUCUAGCUAGAGAUAUUCUUAGAGUCGGUAUGGAUAUCUUAUUCACAGAAACACAAGUAAAAUUUUAGAAUUCUGUUUUCCGUGCGAUCAAAAGUAUAGUCUUCAAUUAUGGUUUUCUAAAUGUUUGUACUUCUUGUUGCACUUUUGUUGAUACAUGUACUUUAAAGUAUUUAAUGAAUUGAUAACUAUCAAAAUGACCAAAUUGUACCAAAGAACUUAAGAGGAAGCACUUUCGGAACUGUUUUCUUGGUAUUUUCUACAAUUCCAUCUGGAAGCCAAAAGAUAAAAUAAUUAUGUUGAUUUUAAUGGUAUAAACAUCACACAAUUUGACAUUGAGAAGUACUGUGCAAAAAUAUUUUUCUCUGGGGCCUUUUCUUUCGUUUUCAUUUGUUCAUUUUUAACUAUACCACAUUUACUAAUACUGUUUUCCUAAAUUUUACAUCAUGCCUUUUGUAAAAAGCAGGGUCUGUCAUCCUUUUUGUAUUAAUGAUCGUCAAAAGCCUGUUCAACUUAAGUCUCUUGUUGUUUCAAUUGCCCUCCACAUAUAAAUAGUUUUGUUUGUCUUCAUUAAACUGUUGGUCUUUAUAAAAUUGUGUUCCUCUGAAUACAACUUAUGAAACGUCAUUGGUCAGU